AUGGGAAAGAUCACAUUCUACGAGGACAAGAACUUCAAGGGCCGGUCCUAUGAGUGCAGCAGCGACAAUAAUGACCUGCACUCUCACUUCACACGUUGCAACUCCAUCAAGGUUGACAAUGGCUCUUGGAUGAUUUACGAGCAAACCAACAACAAAGGCCAUCAGUAUUUUCUUAAAAAAGGAGAAUACCCAGACUACCAGCACUGGAUGGGCUUCAACGACACCAUCAGUUCCUGCCACAUGAUCCCUCUGCCUUAUACUGGAUCUUUCGUGAUCAGACUGUACGAGAAAGAAGAUUUCCGAGGACAAAUGGUAGAGUUCACAGAAGACUGCCCACACGUCUUCAAAGACUUCAACUACCAGGAAAUCCACUCCUGCAACGUGAUAGAAGGUCACUGGAUCUUCUACGAGGAACCCAGCUACAGAGGGCGGCAGUACUACCUGAGACCCAGAGAGUACCGGAGAUUCAGUGAUUGGGGCGCAGCAAAUGCAAGAGUUGGUUCCGUUAGAAGAGUUAAAGAUUUAUAUUAA